AUGCUUAAACCGCGCUGGCGCUACCAGCAGCCUCUGCACUGGUCCCCUCAGGACUGUGCACACUUUGAGGGCGAGGGCUGUGUCAUAAUCCUCUUUGAAGCCUUGACCUCAGGAACCCAAGCAUGCCUGAGGCCCAGGGCGAGGUGACCGAGAGCCCUUCACAGAAGCCUCCAGGGUCAGACUGGCAGGCCCUUGCAGCCGCCUCCCCCGCCCUCAGUAAGGCGCGGUCGCCAUGGCAACGCCGACGCCGCAGCAGCGCGGCGCCGAGAGCAGCGCAGCAUGAGCCGCCGCGGCUCGCGGGAGCAGGCGGCCGAGCAGGAGGCCGAGCAGGCUGCGGCCCCCACGCCGGCGCCGGCCCAGGCGGAAGCUCCAGAGUGUAUUACUACUCUCCAGGAAGGUUAUUGUAACCUGUGUUCAGAAAAAUCUCAGGAAGUGAAUUCUUUUAUAUUGCACAUACUCCAAAAAGUGGAUGAAGAAAUUCAAAAGGGAGCCAAAGAAGGUAUCACAUUGAACAUUGGUGGUAACAACCGCUUAAUUCCAGUACAAAGAGUGACAGGUGAAGAUUUUUGUAUUCUUUCUCAAAUUCUACAGAAUCAUCCAUCUAUCAAUGGUUUGGAUGUUAGAUACAACCUCCUAAGUGAUGUUGGUGCAUACUAUGCUGCAGAACUCCUUCAGACACAACCAUAUCUCAUUUACUUGAACCUGAUGUUUAAUGAUAUUGGGCCCGAAGGUGGAGAAUUGCUUGCUAAAGCACUACAUGAGAAUGCAACUCUGAAAUACCUAAGAAUGACUGGAAAUAAGAUUGAAAAUAAAGGUGGGAUGGUUUUUGCUGCAAUGUUGCAAAUUAAUUCAUCUUUAGAGAAAUUAGAUGUGGGUGAUUGUGAUCUGGGGAUGCAGAGUGUGAUAGCAUUUGCUACAGUACUAACUCAAAACCGAGCAAUUAGGGGAAUAACCCUAAACCGACCUAUCCUGUAUGGUGAACAGGAAGAGUCCACAGUCCAUCUGGGUCACAUGUUGAAAGAAAAUCACUGCCUUGUUGAACUACACCUGUGUAAGCAUGGUAUAAAAAACUGUGGUUUUCACCACUUAUGUAACGCACUGUAUCGGAACAGCAGCCUACGGUAUCUUGACGUCAGCUGCAAUAAAAUAACUCGAGAUGGAAUGCUGUAUUUGGCUGAUGUACUGAAAACCAAUGCUACCCUGGAAGUGAUAGAUCUGUCUUUUAACAGAAUAGAAAAUGCAGGUGCAAACUACCUCAGUGAAUCUCUUACUUCCCACAACAGGAGUCUUAAAGCACUGUCAAUAGUCAGCAACAGUGUAGAAGGGGAAGGACUCGUCGCACUUUCACAGUCAAUGAAAACGAACCCUGCACUAUCUCAUAUCUACAUUUGGGGCAACAAGUUUGACGAGGACACGUGCGCGGCAUAUGCGGAUUUAAUUCAAAAGGGUCGUUUGAAACCAGAAAAUACAGAUGUGGAGCCUUUUGUGGUGGAUGGACAUGUGUAUCUUGCAGAAGUCUCCAAUGGCCUUAAAAAGCAUUAUUACUGGACACCAACUUAUGGAGAUGCUUAUGGGCACUCAACAAAUGCAGGUUUUGCUCUUGUUCCAGUAAGCCAACAUUUAUGAAAAACUGCCUAUAAAAUGAUUUUCACAUAUGGUCUCACUGCUUUUGAGAGAUUAGUACAGAUUUUAGUAUAGGUUACUUUUUGUUUUCUUAAUUUACAAGUUACUUUUAUCAAAUGUGUACUUUGUGUAGCAGUCCAUUGUGAAAAACUAAUUUUUAAAAGAAAUUUUACAAAAUAAAGAUUAAAAACAACCCUGAAGAAACCAGGGAAGUACA